UUUAAGGAGAGCAUCAUCUGCCAAGAAAACGCUGUUUUUUUUUUAGGGAAACCAAGGUUGUUGAGGUCUGUGGCGGGUUCUGCAAGUUGAAGGUUGCGGCUGGUCGCAAGGCUCCUGGAGCAGAUCUGUGCCAUUCCCCCUUUUGUCCUCUCAUGCCCCCCUCCCCCUCCCUGUGUGUUUCCCUGUGUGUCGGUGAUCCCGCACCCCUGCCCAUUCCCCAUCUGCUCCCUCCUGUCGUGUCACCUCUCCCGCCUGAAGCUCCCCUCUCACCCCAUGCUUGGACCAGAGCCAGCCCACUGCCAGCCCAAUGACUGCCUGGAUCGUCCUGCCUGUCAGCUUGUCUGCCUUCUCCAUCACUGGAAUAUGGAUAGUGUACGCCAUGGCUGUAAUGAAUCACCAUGUUUGUCCUGUGGAGAACUGGACAUACAACAUCACAUGCACGGAGGAGCUGCCCCGACCAGGCUUUCCUAAGACCUGCUGCACCGUCCAGGACAUCCCCCUCAUCAGUAAAUGCGGGUCGUACCCCCCAGAAAGCUGCUUGUUCAGCCUGAUCGGGAAUGUGGGAGCCUUCAUGGUGGUGAUGGUGUGUCUUCUACGCUACGCUCAGGUGAUAGAACACAGCCACCGCUGCUGGGUCAACACCAGCGCUCUGGUUUCUGGCUGCACCAACGCUGUGGGUCUGGUCAUGGUGGGCAACUUUCAGGUGGAUCAUGCCAAGUCUCUCCAUUACGUGGGAGCGGGCGUGGCCUUCCCUGCUGGGCUGCUCUUCGUGUGUCUGCAGUGCGUGCUCACCUACCGCGUGGCUGUCACAGCGCUGGACUACUGGAUGGCACAUUUCCGCGUGGCUCUGGCUCUGGGAGCCAUGGUGUCUCUCGUCCUCAGCGGCAUCUUCUUCAUCCACGAGAGCUUCACGCUGCAGCACGCGGCAGCCAUCUGCGAGUGGGUGUUCACCGUGGACAUCCUGGUCUUUUACGGCACCUUCACCUAUGAGUUUGGCACCGUCACCAGCGAGACCGUCAUGGCGGCCCUGCAGCAGAGCCACCUCCACGGCUCGGGGGUCAUGAUGGGGUCCAGAGCUCGAGGCUCCACCCUGGGCAGCACGACCAAGGGCCUGAAGUCGCCGGGCGGCAGCAGCACGUCCACUCACCUCAACUGUACCCCGGAGAGCAUCGCCAUGUUGUAGCCCUGCGCCAGCUCAGACCUGAGGGUCAGCUCAGGGGGGGCGCUAAAAUAGGUGGCUGGGUCUUGUUUUCUUCUGUUGGACUCUUCACUGGGGUCCAUCACUGGUGCGGGGUGGUGGGAUCCGCCCCUCGGCUUGUGUGUGCACGACACCUUUCACUGAGAGAACAGCGUAGUGAGUAGAAACCAAUGAAUGUGAGUCCUACCAGUUACCAUGUGUACUCAACUGCCAUGACUCCCCCAAAUGUGUUUUGAGUUGCUUGCACAAAUUUCAAUCUAAAUCAUUCAACAAAAUGUAUUUACAAUUCUGGAAUGUUUUUCAUGACCCUGAUGAUGUCAUUUUGCCCAUGUUCCUAUCAGUCACCUUCAAAUUGAUGCCUUUUUUCAGUCUUGUGUUCACGAUGUAGCUGAGCACACAACUUUGUAUGGGUGGCCUGAGUUGUUCAGUGUGAAGUUGACCCCCUCCACCUCCUCCUGCGCAUACGCUCCCAUCCCAUAAUGGACUCAGUCAAGCCUUAUUCAGCCUGUAAUGUCGCAUGUGAGGGUUUAACAUCCGCUUAGCAUCUUGGACCGCGAUGACGUUUGUUGCCAAUGUCUCCGGAAGAGACGACCCGACGCACAACCAAGGUGUUUCUGUCGACCCAGAUAUCAGCAAUACACUGUUAAAAAGGUCGUCUACCUCUUCUCCUCUUCCUGGGUGCGACGGGUGAAAUCUGUUUCCAUCACUGGUGUUUCAGCCUUGUGGGUCCACGUGUGUGAACAUGUGAGUCCAGAGAUGCAGAUGGAGCCACCCUCUGAUUUUUGCCAUUUUCUUUUUGCCAAAAGAAGUUUAGGUUUUGUUCAGUACUAGGUGUGUGUUUGCUCUGUUUCCGCCUUACUGUUCACCCUGUGCCAGGGAACAUCCGUCAUGCGACAUCUUCCUCAUGUCGACCUUUCUCGCGAUCCUGUAACCAAAGUGUCACAUCUGACGGCAGCUGGCUUCGACAGACACACUCGAGACAAACUCACCACCCUCUUCUUGAAAUUCUAGCUUCACAAAACGCUCCGUUUCUAUUGGUAGGAAUAUUGUGAUGGAGAUCCGAACAGCCGGGAGAGAACCAUGGCCUCAGCUGCAGAGAGUGUGUAAAAGUUGUCAAGAAAAUUUCCCCCCGAUUCACCAGAUCUUUCUUUUAUAUAUCCUGUAAAUAUGUAUGAUUUCUCAAUCAGUUGGGUAUUUUGAUUUGACAGAGAUUUAUAUUCAAAUAUUAAAUAAAAAUGGUAAA